AGAUGUCCUGGAAAUUGCACAGGUCCUGUAAAGCCAUUGUAUGAUUUUUCUCAAAAAUACCCCUCUCUUAUCAAGUCCAAUCAAAAAAUGAAUAUCAACUGCCUGACAAAGGUUUGUAUGCCAUCUAGAGUUGUAGAUGGUAGAUUUUAACAGCAGUCACCCUUUAUAUAGAUAACAAGACAGCGUUCAUCUAUGUGUGGUCAUCUAAAACAACCAAACAGCAACAGUUACUAAUGCCUCAUUCCCUUUGACUUUGAAGCAUAAAAAGUCAGUAGCCCAUGGGUAAUUAAUUUUGGCUGCUGUAUCAGGUUGUUUUUCAGAUCAGAUUUCUUCAAAGUCUUGUGUGGGAGUAGGCCAAAUAGGACGCAGGGUAAGGGCAAGGCUUCGGCUCGAGCACAUCAAAUUAAGUUAGACUCUGAGCUUUGAUGCAUCACUCCCAUGAAAAGUUCCCUUAUAGAAUCAGGAAUGAAAUGCAUCAAACAACAUUUUUGUUGUGCAGCAGAGUCAAUUUAGCCAAGCUAUUUAGGUACUGUAGCCCUUUAAAAGGCAAUUCAUACAAACUGCUGUACUUGCAACACCAGUAUAUCAGGUAAUGCUGCAUCACACAGGAUGUAUGCUUGCACAACUGCCACCUGUUUAGGAAGCACUCUGCCAGGUGCCAACAACUGACAGCCGACAUUAUUUUACUUACUUCAUUUGUCGAAUAAUGUUUGUUUUUAUCUUUUAAUUCAGCCAAAAAAAAAACUCAAAAUGAACGUGUUACACUCAAUCUUUUGUGGAUGUGUCUUCACUGCUGCUAUUAUAAUGGGACUUUGUGUGUUACAAGCCAUUUCAACCUCUCCAUCCCAGACUGGUGAGUGCCCGCCUGACAAUUUCAUAGGGUUUGACUCAGCCCCUGACAAAGUGAUAGACGGCUCAGUGGUCCGUGUGCGGCAUCGUUGCUCCAGGCCGUGUCAGCUCGCAGUGGAAGUGGUGGUGUCUACAAUAGGAGAGACAGAUUUAGUGGUCUUCAGGAGGAAAUGGUUUAGCAGCACAUCCCGAGUCUACAGGAUCCAACAGGUGCCGCUCAGAUUGCCUACAUCCAUUUUAUAUCAACGCAACUUUUUCAACAGGCAUGUCUUAGACACCCAGAAUGUGACAGUUCGUGCUUGGUUACGCCAUCUUAACGAUGGCAGGGAACCCGGGACAUACCAAUGCUCCAUGUUGAGGAUUUAUAAAGUGCUACAGAUAGAGCCACUCUCAGAGCAUCCAACUAACCCUCCCGCUGAGUGCCCUUCAUGGCCUGCUCAACUGAUGUGGCAGAUGAUCAGAAACAGAAUUCAUCAUUGUCCACACGAGUCAGACGUAAUCGAUAUGCUGAAGUUCCCCCUGGCAAGUCCUGGUGAGCAUUUUGGAGUGGUGCGCAGGUUCCAGCCUUUUAUUGACAGAGCCCUGGAGAGCGCCCGUCUUCAUGCUGUGACACAGCCCAGCGUCACAUUAUCCGUGUGGAUCUACCUACUAAAAUGGUGUCACAAGAAGCUCUGUGGGAUCAUCCAUCACGUCAAUAGGAAAAAUGUAUACGACUCGGCUCUGAUGCAGCUUACAGACACAGGAGACGUCAUAUUUCAGGCACGUGUGACAACAGGAGAAGAUGAAGCUUUCCGAACCAGUGUAGUGUUGCCCCGGUGGAAAUGGAUUAGAUUGGACUGUUACAUACAGGACUCCAAGGUGCUGCUGGAUGCAACAUGGGAUGAUGAAACCCGCAGAUAUGAAUAUGAAUUUCAGGACAGUGUCCAUUACGAUGACACUGAUGGAUACUUUGUGAUCGGAGGAAGCAGGUACAUGCCAGGCAUCCAUGGGUAUUUUGGGCCUACCAGGUACUAUCGUUUUGGAACUAAAGAGGUUAAAAACCAACUUCACCCCGAGUCAACAUUACAGCAGCUGGAUAAGACCCAUCAGCAGUGUCAGGAAAUGAAAGCAUUUACACGAGCUUUUCUCCAAGAAGUAACUGCGAAUCACGUCCCAUCACCAAUCAACACAGAUGCCUGUACCCCUCACUUCAUAAGACUGUGGGCUCAGUCUGGAGAGAAAAUAUGCAUCCAAACAUGGACCUGGGAAAAACAAUUUAAAUACAGCACACUUUUUCAUUUCUUGCAAACAAAAGAGGAGGAAUUUAGAACAGGAUCUUUGGGCAUGAAGGACCUAGGGAGUACUUUGUUUGAGCAGGCAGUUGGUUCAAUGUUCACUGUGGAUCAGGCACAGAGUAAAAUCACAUUUAAAUCAAUGGCUCUGCUUCAAGUAUCCUCCUGCUUUGGAAAUCACAAAGCGUCUCUGUUGUUGGCUACUAUCCACCUCUCGGGCCUGGGCCACUCAGUCGAUCAUCAACAGGGUCAUGUCUAUAGUUUGAUUGGCGCGUCGGGGGAUAAUCGUUUUGCCCUAAUGCAUGCUGGGUACAAGCACACACAAGGAAUUGAUGGGUUUCCAAAAGACUUGGACAUGGCUUACAGCUACUAUUCCAACGCUGGGGCACAGAGCAGCAUUGAUAGUUUCAGGAUACAUGAAAAUGAGCAACACACAAUUGAACACAUCUAUCUAAGCAAUCAAGAGGAUUUAAACAGCCUCACACAUGAGACAAGUGACGUCUUUCAGUAUCUGAAAUACAAAGCAGAGAAAGGGGACAUAGAAUCUCAGAAACGCCUGGGAACAAUGCUUUACUGGGGACAACAAGGAGUCUCAAAAGACAUAGCAAGUGCGGUGAAGUGGUUUGAAAGAAGUGCUAUGCAGAUGAAGGAUCCUUCAGCGAUGUAUGACUACUCCAUCCAACUGAUGAAGGGCCAGGGAGUGAAAAGAAACUAUACCCUAGCUUUUAAGCUGCUGAAGAAAGCUGCAGCGAUGGGCUCAAUUAACGCUCUGAAUGGUCUUGGCUGGUACCAUGGGGUCAUACUGAACGACCACAAAAAUGCAGUGAAAUACUUUGUGCAAGCAGCACUAAAUGGGAGCGAUGAUGGCAUGUUUAACCUGGGAAUUUAUCAUCUCAGCGGGAAAAACCCGGACAACCCUUGGAGGAAUGAGACGGCUGCGCUCCUGCAGUUUCUGAAUGCUUCUCGGCUAGGUCAUGUAGCUGCAUCGGUGGAGGCAGCUUGGUACCUUUCGACAGGAAGCCUGGAAGGGCUGUCUCGAGAUGUGGAGAGGGCUGUGAUAAUGCUAAAAAAGGUCUGUGAACAGAAUGGACACCUUGGAUUUAUGGUCAGAGCUGCUCUCCAGGCCCACCUCCAGGGCUCUAGGCAGGAAGCAUUUGUAAAGUAUGUUUUGGCAGCUGAAACCGGUCUGGGUUUGGCCCAGAGCAAUGUUGCGCACCUGUGCCAGGAACUGAAUCUCAGUUAUGAUUGUCAGUGGAGAUAUCAUAACUACUCUGUAUUAAACUAUGAUCCCCAUCCAUCCGCGCUGCUGAAAAUGGGAGACCACUACUACUACUCUUCCUCCAGCAAGCGAGAAGACUCAUUAUCCUUUGUUGAUCAGGCCAUGUCGAUGUAUGGCAGAGCAGCUCUAGCAGGAAGCCCUCAGGGAUUGUUCAACUUGGUGGUUUUGGCGCAACAAGGCCACGUUCUUCCAUUGAGCAUCCACGGCUUGUUUAAUGUGUCACAUCGUAAUGAGCAGGACAUCGUGGUGAAGAUCUUAAAAAGAUGUGUGGAGACUGAGGAAGAAGAAGCAGUAACGCCCUGUUCUCUAGCACUGCUCGGAGUCCAGAUGGAAAAAGCCUUGAGGAGAAUGACUCAGAAUCGUGCACAGCUCCUCCUGGUAUAUGCAUCUCUUCUUUCUGUCGUCGUCAUUAUUGUCAUUGUGCCAUUGCAGAGCUGUCUCGAACACAGGGUUCCCAGUUGCCGAGUGUUUGCACUGAGGGCAAGGACAUCGCCUGUCAGCCAAGACGGUGUGAAUAGAGAGCAAGAUGGUAUCAUGGGAGGAACCUACAGAGCGACAGGGAAUCCAUGGCUUACCAUACUGAUUGGCGAGCAGCGGCUCCGGCAGACCUGCGAUUUGGCCGUGACUCUGUCGGGCGUGUGCCUGUGUGCUUCCUGGACCACACUCCUCUAUCAUCUCUUAUGACAUACAAUGCCCAGCACAGUGAUCCAAUAGCCACAGCAAAAGCCUCAGACACUACAUAUUGUAAGAGCAUACAUUUAGAGGAUGAGUUACAGCACUGUUCAUGUGACACAUUUGUGUUUCUGUGACUCAUUUGAAGUUAUGAGACAGGAAGAGAAGUGCUGAUCAGAGUGUGAGUGUGCUGCUUUAUCAGCGUGGUGAUAAUGUUUCCGCAGUAACCAUUUUUCCAUUGUUUUAUUUGUGGGGAAAAAAAUACUUAUCAUGCAGUUCAUUUAAUUAGUGCUGAGUCCGUCCUGCAGUUUAUAUGAUCUCUGGGAUUUGGCACCAAGGAAGCAGAGUGAAGCUACUCUUACGCAACGUGUAUGUCCAGUUAAACAUAUUUAAAUAUUUUUUGAUUAUUAUUAAGUCAUUUAUCUUGUGAAAAUUGAUUUCAGAUAUAGCACUGUUAAAACUGACAGACACAUUUAAAAGCAUAACGGCUCAUCCACAGCCUCAGUGAUGGAUGGUGAAGGACAAGUGGAGAUGAUGGGAUUACAUUUCACUGAAAUUGUACCUCGUACAGUACGAUUUCGUGUGACAAAUAAAAAUGAUUGUUUGAUUGAUUGAUGGAAGCUGUGUUCUAAUAGGUCAGCUAUUAAGUUUUGUCCCCAGCCUUAUCAGAGACAUGGUGAUAAGUGUCUCACAGGAGACUGGACAUGCAACAACAUUCAGGGCCACCUAAACAUUUGUCCAAGGCCAGAGCAAUGGAAUUUUAAGAAGUUAUUGAUUUAGUCUAGGCAGGUGCUCCUGGUCGAUAGAUAACAGACUUUAGACAAUAUCAGCUUUAGCCAUCGCUAUGGGAGACAAGAACAAAAAAA